UCUUCAACCUUCUCUCUUCUGGAGGGGCACCUUCAACUAGCUCCGCGGUCCAUUGGCAGUGGCUUACUUUGGUGUGUAGUUUAAGUAGAAGUAACUCUUUAUUACAGACGCAAUGUCCUUUCUGACCGUCAGCAGGCUAGUGCCUAAACUUCUUAAUUCAAAGAAUGCCACUUUCUUUUUUGUGGCUGCUAGAAAUGCCAGCGCAGCAACAACAAAUCUGAAGGAUGUUCUGGCAGAUCUUAUUCCAAAAGAACAGACCAGGGUGAAAAACUUUAAACAACAGUAUGGAAAAACCAACAUAGGUCAGAUUACUGUGGAUAUGGUGUACGGUGGUAUGAGAGGAAUGAAGGGUCUGGUAUAUGAAACCUCCGUAUUGGAUCCUGAGGAGGGCAUACGCUUCAGGGGCUACAGCAUUCCAGAGUGUCAGAAGUUGCUACCUAAAGCUCCAGGAGGUGAGGAGCCUCUGCCUGAGGGCCUCUUCUGGCUUCUGAUCACAGGACAAAUCCCAACUGAGGAGCAGGUAAGCUGGGUGUCCAAAGAGUGGGCGAAGAGAGCAGCGCUCCCCUCUCACGUUGUCACCAUGUUGGAUAAUUUCCCCACAAAUCUGCACCCCAUGUCUCAGUUCAGUGCUGCUAUCACAGCUCUGAACAGUGAGAGCAGUUUUGCCCGAGCCUACUCCGAGGGAGUCCACAAGUCCAAGUACUGGGAGUUUGUCUAUGAAGACUCAAUGGACCUGAUUGCCAAGUUGCCCUGCAUUGCUGCUAAGAUUUACCGCAACCUGUACCGUGAAGGCAGCAGCAUCGGAGCCAUCGACUCCAACCUGGACUGGUCUCACAACUUCACCAACAUGCUGGGCUACAGUGAGCCCCAGUUCACAGAGCUGAUGAGACUCUACCUGACCAUCCACAGUGACCAUGAAGGAGGCAAUGUCAGUGCCCACACCAGCCACCUUGUGGGGAGUGCCCUGUCUGACCCCUACCUGUCCUUCAGUGCUGCCAUGAACGGUCUGGCUGGUCCCCUGCAUGGCCUGGCCAAUCAGGAAGUGCUGGUGUGGCUGACUGCCCUGCAGAAAGAGCUGGGAGGAGAGGUGUCUGAUGAAAAGAUGAGGGAUUAUAUCUGGAACACGCUGAAAUCUGGGAGGGUGGUUCCAGGCUACGGCCAUGCUGUCCUGAGGAAGACCGACCCACGUUACACSUGCCAGCGCGAGUUUGCCCUGAAGCAUCUCCCCAACGACCCCAUGUUUAAGUUGGUUGCCCAGCUUUAUAAGAUUGUACCCAAUGUGCUCCUUGAACAGGGUAAAGCCAAGAACCCCUGGCCCAACGUGGACGCCCACAGUGGAGUGCUGCUGCAGUACUAUGGAAUGACGGAGAUGAACUACUACACCGUCCUCUUCGGCGUGUCUCGUGCUCUCGGCGUACUCGCUCAGCUGGUGUGGAGCAGAGCCCUGGGCUUCCCACUGGAGCGCCCUAAAUCCAUGAGCACUGAUGGACUGAUGACUCUGGUCGGAGCCAAGUCGGGCUGAAGCACCCGCCCCAAAGAGCUGGGGGGGUUAGGGUGAAGGGAGUGGAGAGAGAUUUGGAGAAAAUGUUAAGCAGACCCUCUUAUUACCAACCCCAGGGAUUCGAUGAGAUUCAGAGAGACAGUACACUUUUAAUGUUAUUUCACAAAAAAAGGGCCUUUUUAAAUUGUCCCACCUGUAGUGUUGAAGUGUUUAGGUGACUGUGGAAAAGUUCGACGUAAGGGUUUAAAAACGACGACAUGUAACUUCAAGUAGGUUCAAACUAAGUUCUGCUUUCUAAGAUUUUCCCUGAGCAUUACCUGUGUUUCUUAUGGAGCACUGAGACUGAGCAACGAGCAGAGGGGCAUUCAAAGGAAACUGUGGGGGUGAACUACACUUCCUAAAUAUUUGUUAAAUGAUUGGCACUCAAAUAUUUCAAAUAUUUGUAGCUUUAAAUUACUUUUUUUUCUGUUUAAAGACCACCUAAUAAAACUCAACUGUAUUUUUCUUCUAAGCARUAGUUUCGUCCCAUUCCAUUGAUUGAGUUUCACUCCCUCAUAUGAACACUCCGUUUAAAAAAAAAAAAGAAAUAAAAAGGAGUAAUACAAUUUGAAGUCGUUUAAAAACAUGAUCCAUGUUCUGAAAAUCAAUUAAAAGAUGCUGCCCCUUUAAACCUUUAAUCUCCCCUGGUUUCCCCCUGCUUGUAUUUUCUUUUCCUCUUUUAAAAGUGACCUCAAUUGCUUCUAUGAUCAAAAUAACUACUUUUUCCCCUUUAGCUGUUUUUAUUUUUUAUUUUUUUUAAUGACGACCUGCUUAAAGGUCUUAAGAAGUGUUGGAAAUGAAGUAUAUUGUACAGCAACAGUAAGUAAAAUUUGAGUUGUAAUUGGCAGCCUGUGAGUCUUUAAGAACAAGCUUGAAUAAAAGGUGGAGUAGAGGAGGCUCAGUAGUUUUCCUCGUAUUUUAGUUUGAGUUUGUCCCCACAGGAAAGUACUUUGAACAUCAACUACACCAAAAUGAGCGUUUGUUUAGCUGGAUUCCUCUUUUUGCAGAAGUUGAGCUGUUCUGGACUGAUUCCUACAAAGGUUUUUAGAGUUUGAAUUUGUAAAAAGUACUAUAGUUUUGGGGUUCUCAUUUUGUGGUUUUAUUUAUAAUUUAAAGCGGUAGAAGAUGGGUGAAUGGACUUAUUAUUUAUGUACAUAGGUAUAUAUAUAUGUAUAGCUUGAAUGUAUACGCUCUAUGCUUGUAAUAACCACAAUGAGUACCACAGUUUACCAACAACUCACUGUGAUAUUCAGACUCAGUAAUUCUCACAAAGAACAAAACUGCAGCUAUCUUUGUAUAUACAGUUUCUUAUCUUUGUGAUCUUAGGUGCYGUUUAUUUUUUUUAUUUUUUUUAAUUUUCCACUUGAAAGUUUCAAGCUUGUUCUUAAGUUUUCUUAAGGCUCUACACUCCAUGUUUGUGACAUUUGUUCUUGCAUUAUUAUUUUUUUUCCCUCCCGAACAAAACGUUUGCCGUGGUAGCAAAUGGCUAACACAAAUGUUUGAUUCAUUGUGUGUAGUACCAUUAUCCUUGUUUGAUUAGGCAUCUCAGUGUUUUCCUGUGUUCUUCCAUGUGUUGGGCUGUUUCAUGAGGAGUGGUUAUUUUGAUCGUAGAGGGUCAUAAAGGUCGUGUGCAACGGGGGAAAUUAAAUGCAGAUGGUUUCUUAGAAGUGACUCGAGGGAAUAGAGCUGGAUGGGUUAAGUGGGUAAGACAAGCUUAAAGAGAAAUUAUUGGAAAAUCUAACAAACUAAAGAAUAAAAGGUUUUUAAUAAGAA